UUCUCGUGGGUGGGUUUUGGUGUGGUUGAAAGGGUUUCGGGGGUUGUAGGUAGAUUUUUGGGAGUGGUGGUUGGUUUUAUAGGUUGUGGGUGGUUUUCAAUUGUUGUGGUGGGGGUUGUGGAUGGAUUUUCAGGAGUGGUGGUGGUUUUCAAGGGUCGUGGCUAGGGUGAGGGGCGGCGCCGGCGUAGGGGAAGGGGAGUUUGGGCACCGACGGUAGGUUGGAAGGCAAGCUGGGGGCGGGGAGGAUGGCUGACUGGCUGGGCUUGGGGUGGUGGGAUUUUUUUUUUUAGUUUUUUUAAAUAUUUUUUUUAAAUAAUUAAUUAAUUUAAAAUAAGAACCACUUAAAUGCUGUCACAUGUCACAGUUAACGUUAAUAACUAACAGAACUAACAGAAAAUGACAUGUUGUGACAUUUAUGUUAAACUCAGUGAUACAUGGUGAAUUAGAAAGUUUUUGGUGAUAUACGGUGUAUUAAAUUAAAACUCAGCGCUAUAUGGUGAAAAAACUAUAAAAAAAAUACAAGAAAAGUAGUGAAAAAGACGAAAAAUACUACUCGUUCGUACAUCAAUCGAUGGAAUGUGGAGAAGAAGCCACGUUACAUUUGAUCAAAUCUAUAUGCAUGAAAACACGUCACCUUUAAGGAAAGUUCAUUCCACGUGUCAGUGUAAUUAGUAGCAACAAAAAUAAAAAAGCUUUAUUUAAAAUUAUCCUAAACACUAAUCCAUCACGAUCUAGCUCAUCAUAAUCAAUUGAGCUGAUAAUAAAAUACCAAACAAAAGAGUAUGUUAAAUUCAUACGAGUAAUAAUUUACUUGUAUUAAAUUAUGUUUGUUGUUCUUGUAAUCAAAUUAGGAUAAAUGGCUAAAGUUUCAACUUGGAGAAUAAUUGUAAUAGCAAUGGUACUAUGUUUCGUAUUAUAUUAUCUCACUAAUUCUCCAUUACAAGAAAAAUUAGGACAGUUGCAUUGUUUUACUAGUCGAGGAUGCCAUUACUGGAACAAGUUCAACCUGCCGCCUAUUCCGGAACGAUUCUACCUCUUUUGGCCUUCUUCUCAGCAUAUCGAGAGAGACGGUGAUCUAGGGCUCCCUAUUGUUGAAGCCAAUAUAGCAGAUGAAAGGGAAAAGAGCAAGGUAAUAGAAGCAGCUGAGGAGAGUUUAGAGAAAACAAAAAUGAUGAUGGAGGAUUCUGCAAAAACCGCGGCGGAGAUGGUUGGCGAGGCGGUGCACAAGACUGCGGACAUCAUGAAGGAGACCUUCUCUCAUCACCAUCAUCAUCAGGAUGAGCUUUAAUUCAAACCAUAAUUUGAACCAUUUUUUAAAUUUUUUAUUAUGUUAUAGUAAUAUAGUAUGCCUUUUUGAGAAAUAUAUUACAUGGACUAUAGAGUUUGUUUUAUAUUAUAGGAUGCAUGCUUAGAGUGCUAAUCAAAUUAAAUGUACUUGUAUGUGUUCGCUUGCAAGCAACUUGAAGCCUUGAACUUGGU